CUUUUUAUCGCCUGCGUGGUCGGCCAUACACGAGGAUAUAGCUCGUAACGCGGUGUCUCCCUACUCUCCCCUCUUUCUCGCGUCGUCUCUCUCGACCUAGGGUUUACUUUCGCUCUUUCCCCUCCCCAUUCCCCAAGCAAAAAAUUCGUGCCUCGCUCUUUUAACUCCCUUCUCGCCGCGUCCAUGGCAGCUAGGGUUUGGAGGGCGACGCUCCUCCUCCUCCUCGCCUCCGCCACCUCCGCCGCCGAAGUAUGCCCUAGGGCCUCCGUCGCCUCCUCGAUCGUGGGACAUGAUGCGGUGUGCUCGGCCCUCGAUACAACGGCGGUCGAUAGCUAUCCGAUCGGCGUCGUGGAGGGAGAUGAGGCUACUCUGCAAAGGGCAGUGAAUCUGGUGCACUGGAACAGGGAGGAUUAUGUGGCCGUGCUUUUCUAUGCUUCCUGGUGUCCUUUCUCCAAAAUUUGCAUGCCAAAUUUCCAGAGUUUGUCACUGCUGUUUCCAUCCAUCCGCCAUUUUGCAUUUGAAGAAUCUGUCAUCAGGCCAAGCAUUCUCUCAAGGUACGGAGUUCAUGGCUUCCCAACACUUUUUCUCUUAAACUCCACGAUGCGUGUGCGGUACCAUGGAGCUAGGACAAUCAAUUCCCUUGUUGCUUUUUACAAUGAUGUUACAGGGAUCAAUCCUGCAUUGUCGCAUUCAAUGCCUGUGGAGAGGAUCGAAGACUUGCUAGCCGGCGAUGAAGUAAAGGAAGACAUUGUGCAGGAAAACUGCCCCUUCUCAUGGGCAAGGUCGCCGGAGAAACUCCUUCAGCAAGAUACAUAUCUGGCACUGGCAAUCUGUUUUGUGCUCCUGAGGGUGCUUUAUUUCCUUCUUCCGAAACUUAAGACAGCCCUAAAGCGGAUUUGGAGGCGGCAUACCCGUUUUGCAAGUUUGAUGAACUUGGGCCAUUAUUUCGAGGCACGUAUGGAACAAGCCAAGCAAGUAUUCGGGAGGUUAAACCCAUGCAAACGAAGCAACUUACGGAAUGGUGCGAUGAAUGCUACAAAAUGGGCCUGGGCCUCGAAAUCACUAGCGUCAGUGUCAAUCGGAGAGCCGAGCUCCGGGAGGGCCUCUGCUAGCGAAAGAAGAUAGAAGUAGAGUUCUUGCUUUGUUUGUCUGUAUAGUAGAUGGGCCACGCAAUGUUGUUUUUCUGAGUUUUUUCUUUUUUUUUCUUUUUUACUUUUGUUUUUCUACUUAUUUAUUGGUAGCGGGUAGGGGCGUCGACAAUUUCCUCUCUUGGGGGAAGAUGAUUUAAUUGCCAAAUUAAUUGCAGUUACUUCCUGUGGGGUUAUCCACAUCUACAUCUGAUAUUCUUGGAAGAAUACACCCCCUGUAUUCAUGUUGUUGCCGGAGAAUACUAUUUAGCUUAUUCAGAAAUCUGUCGCUGGUGGCUGCAUGAGCUGCUUGUGUUAUUCCA